AUAUUGGUCUUCUCUGUUAAUAUCUCAUGACUGCUUUUACCACUCCAAAGCCACCAGAUCCUAACUCUAUGGGAUUGGGCAUAUCCUCUAGAUUUUCUCAGUUUAUUUCUGCGGGCCCAUCAGCCAUCAAAUCUUAAAAGAUAAAAUAUUAAUUUAGCCAUAUUAAAAGCUUGUAAAUAGUGAUCUCAAUGUCAAAGUAGCAGACUUUGAUUCAGCAGCUUGUGUUGCUAAACGAGUGAUGGUUACUAGUAAGCAUAUGAAUGGCCAAAAAGACUAGACAUUCAAGAAAUAACCAAAUCUUUAAUAUUUAGUAUGAAAAACAAAGUUCGGUCUGUUAACCAAAUUAUGACCACACUUAAGUACUAACCAUAUUUUGAUAGGAGCGACUUUUUUUUUAUUUUUUGCUUAUAAUACAACUCUUUCAAAAGAUUAGCCUCAAUCUUGCUGGAUGGUCUAAAUUUAUAAUGUUUCAAGUACAUACAUACAUUCAUCUGUAUGAAAAUAAAAGGGAGUGUUAAUCCUAUCCACGAGUUUUUUCAAACAAGAAGUAGAAUCAUUGGUUAUAUUUUGGUUCUAGCAUAGUAUUUCUGUUAGUACUGCAUAUAUAAGAAAAAACUCUCAUGACAAAACAAUUUUUUAAUAUUCCCAAUAUAACCAAGUUGUUACUUUUAAACUGGCUAAUGCAAGGGAUGAUGUAUAUGCAUUCGGUAUUACCAUUCUCAAAUAGCGCAUGAAAGAAAAGGAUCCAGGGCAGCCUAAAGAUAAAGAAAAGAAAUGACAAGAGGCAUAUACCUUUGGAAGCUGGGCAUAUGUUAUCAGAAAAAUUAAUGGAAAGCAAGGAGUGUAAUGAGGAGAGGCAAUUGAAAUCACUAAGUUGGCCCUUCAAUGCUGCAGUCAGCAACCCCCAGACAUGAAUGAAAUGAUUGGAAAGCUAGAAAAAAUGAAAGGAGCUACAGUGAAUUAGAAGAAACUCAAGGCAGAAACCAUUAACUAUUUGGUAAUAUAAAGACCAAAACGGGAACUGUCUUUGAAAUCAAAUUGAUAUCUAGAGUUUCUUCUUUGUCCUAGUAUCAGCCUUUUAUCUGUAACUUAGAAUGGUAAACAAAGCUCAAAUUCAAAGCAAAGAAAAUCAAGCAUAAAAGGAUUGAAAAAGUUAUCUUAAUCUAGUUUAUCAUGGGAAAAAAAUGUCACCAUAAAUCUUACUUAAAAACAAGGAGCCAAUGACAAGCAGACAUUUUAGAGAUUUAGAGGAAAAAUUUUUGUAACAAACAGCUAUGACCAAAUUGUAAUAUAGGAAAUAGGCUACUACUCGAUAUUUCUCCAAAAGGCUAGUUUUUAAAAGGUAAAUACUCAAUUUGAUACAUGAAGGCUUAUUUUUUAACCAAAUUCAGUACCAAGAAUAUACUUAAACUUCAAUUUUUGGCAUCAAUUUCCUCCUUCCGUUAAUGGAAUUGACAACUUGCCAGAAAACCAAUCUUUUUUAAAAAAAUACCAUGACUUGAAAAAGAAAUCAAACUUUCUUUAAUGAGUUGGCAAUUUUUUUCCACAUCAGUGAAGUAAAAAUAAUAAUAAAAGAUCAUCUUCAUCUCUCCCUUUCCUUUCACCUUGCUCAUCCAUCAAUCCAGGUUAUUGGCUAUCUAUACAAUCAAGAUAAAUAUCAUCAAUUCAA